CGCUGAACCGCCACGUAUGAUUGACGUGUGUGUAGAGAAAGUCUUAUAAGUAUUUCAGACUCAUGUGAAAGUCAUUAUAGUAUUCUACUCAGAUUAACAACUAAUAAUGUCGACAAUUCAAAAAGUUUAUGCCAGAAGCAUUUAUGAUUCAAGAGGAAAUCCAACUCUUGAAAUUGAGCUUACAACUGAUUUAGGAACGUUCCCAGCCAUGGUUCCUUCAGGAGCAUCCACGGGAAAAUGGGAAGCAAAAGAGCUUCGUGAUGGGGACAAAGAGAAAUGGGGAGGAAAAGGUGUUUUGAAAGCUGUAGAAAACGUCAACAAGGUGCUUGCUCCUGCCCUAGAAAAAUCAGGAAUUGACAUUACGGAUCAAGAAAGAGUUGACAAGUUUAUGAUAGAUUUGGAUGGUACAGAAGACAAGUCCAAACUAGGAGCCAACAGUAUUGUUGGAAUUUCAAUGGCAGUAGCUCGUGCCGCAUCUGCUUAUUUAAAGAUUCCUUUGUACGAACACAUAGCCAAACUCGCUGGUUCAAAAGAAAGCAACUGCCUCCCUGUGCCUUCAUUUAACGUCUUAAAUGGUGGAACACAUGCGGGUGGAGACCUUGCUUUUCAAGAGUUCAUGGUAAUGCCAAUUAAAGCUCCUACCUUUUCCGAGGGACUUCGUUGGUGUAGUGAAGUUUACCAUAAUUUGAAGUCACUUGCCAAACAAAAGUACGGUGCUUCGGCAGGAAACGUAGGAGAUGAAGGAGGAAUUGCUCCAGAUUUAGCAACCGCAGAAGAGGCGUUGGAUUUGAUUAGCGAAGCAAUAAAAAAGAGUGGAUAUGAAGGAAAAGUGAGAAUUGGGUUUGAUGUUGCUGCCUCAGAAUUAUAUAACGGGAAGAUAUAUGAUUUGGAUUUUAAGAGCUCAAAACCAAACCCAAGUAACCAACUUGAUUACAAAAAACUGUACGAAAAGUAUAACCAGCUGAUUGAAAAAUACAAGAUUGUGUUUAUUGAAGAUCCUUUUGCAGAAGAAGACUGGGAGGCAUUUUCGUUUAUAUCAAGCAACACGAAAGUACAAAUUAUAGCCGAUGAUUUGACAGUGACAAAUACAAAGAGACUAUCAAAAGCCAUACAAGAAAAAUGUGCAAAUGCUCUUUUGGUAAAGAUUAAUCAAAUUGGCUCUUUAUCGGAAACCAUUCAGGCUGCAAAUAUGGCAAAAAAGGCCGGCUGGGGUCUGAUGGUCUCGCAUCGCUCUGGUGAAACAGAUGAUGCUUUUAUCUCCCAUUUGACAAUUGGUUUAGAAGCUGGUCAGAUGAAGUCAGGAGCACCAUGCAGAUCGGAACGACUGGCCAAAUAUAAUGAGUUGUUGCGAAUUGAGGACCGUCUUGGAUCAAAUGCGGUAUAUGCUGGUACCAAAGCCGCUAACUAUAUCAAGUCCAAUACUUUGUAAGAUGACGAAAGGCUGUUUAUGUUCAAUAUCUUAUAAAGUAUAAAAAGGAACAGUUUUAAUGUAGUAAAUCACUUUUAAUGUAAUAAAUAUCCGAUACUAAUAUUAUCUAGUAUCGGUCGUCGGUGCUGCUAUAUAUGUUUUGUUUUUUCUUCGGACAUAUUUAUUGUUUUGUAGCCUUACGCAGUAGUAUAUGAAGCAACACCACGAUUUAUUUCAAUAAAAUAUUCUAAAAAUG